AUGUCUCAAGGUUUUCCAUUUUUGAUGAUUGUGAUUCUAAUAGAUGAGUUGGCUAAGAUAUUCAUCGCGACGGUAGUCGCCUGCACGUAUGCUAUCGAAGAACACCAGCCAAAACAUCGCACAGCACGACUUGUGCGGCAGUUUCCAUCAAAUUACGUUCAACGGAUCCAGUCGAUCGAGUACCCGUCCUACAACAUUCCCAAUCCCUAUGGACCUGGAACGUAUGCGUUUGGCUAUGAGAUAGAGGAUCCGGCAACGGGAAAUGUUCAGUUUCGAGAUGAGGAAAAGCUUCAAAAUGGCACCGUUCGGGGAUCGUACGGUUACCUGCAGCCGGAUGGAAGCGUAAUAAUCACAAAAUUUAUAGCCGAUGAAUACGGCUAUCGCGCAAACACUGAGAUCAAACGUGCGGACGGCCAGCUCAUCGCAACAGUUCCGGGACACGUCCCACCAACUUACAACCCUGUACUGAAUCCGAACUACGUUGAUCCCCAGUACACAACUGCCAUAUUAAGUCACAUCAAAAACCAACAAUAUUACCCAUCGCAAGGAUUAAUUCAAUAUCCAUAUGGUGUACCGGCCUAUGACGCUCCGAUUAAUGGAAACUUUUUCAGCAAUUACUUCAAUCAACUUCCAUCGAACUUGAAUCCUUCGAACUUUUACAACCCACAAUCGACUUUCCCCGCAAUUCUACCUCAGGAUAGUGCAUUCAGUACAAUCACCUCUCCUUUUGGCAACUUCAUCAACACUGCCCAAACACAGUUUGGUCAAUACUUCCCGCAGAACAAUCCGUUCGCCACUUGGUUCAACCCAAAUCGCGUACAAUCUCCCCAAUACCUCCAGCAACAGUUUUCCGGUCUCAAUCGACCCGGUGCGUACGGAGUCGAUACGGGUGUCCCGGCCGGUGUUUACGGCGACAUGCCCCUCCAGAUGGGAACGAUGGGAAACCGCAUCCCAACGACGAAACGCCGAGGUAUCACCACCACCAGGAGGAAACAUGGCUAUAAGACACGGGACGGCAUGGACGAUUGGUUGGAUGAUUUUCUGGAGAGCCGCAAGCGAGAAGUGUUCUACGGGACGGCAUCAACGUCGUCGACAACGCCACCAACGCCAACCGUAACGAUAGGAAAUGUUGUUGGUGGAAGCAAUCGGAUGCGGUAA